AUGGCUCGUGUUAAACAGACCCAACCCAGAACUCCAUCACCAUCUUCAUCUUCUAGUGGGCGAACCCCUUCUCCCCCACCAACCAUGUUAAAACGGGUUCCAAUUCCUACCCACAAAAUACUUGCCAAUGACAAAGGCAAAGCUGCUGCUAUUGAUCAAGGAAAAUCAAAGAAACGAAAGGAGCCCCCUACUGAAAAUCUCAUGGCUGAUGCUAUGAAGGAGGUUACUCAGAAAAAGAAGAAAACAGUUUCUUCUCCUCCUCCAAAGAAAGCUCCUUCAUCCAAAGAUAAAGCUGCAGAAUUUGUUAUCCCACCUGAUUUUCUAAAAAGAAAAAUCCAUGAGGCUAGAACUCUGGAUUUCUCCUAUUUUGAUUCAGAUGGAUUUACCUUUCAAUACCAUUUGAGGUUUCAUGGUCUUGAAAACUUCCUCUCCUCCUCACUUGACACUUAUCCGAAGUUAAUAACCAUGUUAAAACGGGUUCCAAUUCCUACCCACAAAAUACUUGCCAAUGACAAAGGCAAAGCUGCUGCUAUUGAUCAAGGAAAAUCAAAGAAACGAAAGGAGCCCCCUACUGAAAAUCUCAUGGCUGAUGCUAUGAAGGAGGUUACUCAGAAAAAGAAGAAAACAGUUUCUUCUCCUCCUCCAAAGAAAGCUCCUUCAUCCAAAGAUAAAGCUGCAGAAUUUGUUAUCCCACCUGAUUUUCUAAAAAGAAAAAUCCAUGAGGCUAGAACUCUGGAUUUCUCCUAUUUUGAUUCAGAUGGAUUUACCUUUCAAUACCAUUUGAGGUUUCAUGGUCUUGAAAACUUCCUCUCCUCCUCACUUGACACUUAUCCGAAGUUAAUAAGAGCAUUUUAUUCCACCUUCAAGCUCACUGACAAUGGCUUCAAGGCUGAAGUCAAAGGCAAGAGGAUCUCCUUGUCUUUUGAAGAUUUCUCAAAUCUGUCAGGACUGCCCUUCCAUGGGAAAUCAAUUGAUGGCAGUUCUGAGGCUGAAGCUGCAAAUGAAGGAUGUGAAGCUUCUUUUGAUAGGCACACUGCUGUGAAGGACCUGAUGGUCGAAGGCUUUGUCGAAACUAUUUCGCUGCCGAUUGGUCAAAUGAAGGUCCAUCAUCGGAUGCUUAUGUACACUUUAACCAGGAUGCUGGUGCCUAGAUCCGGAAACCAUGCCGUCGUCCAGAAGCUGGACAUAUUGCUGUUGUGGGGACUGUCCAAAGAGCUCAAGAUGAGCUGGACAUGGAUAGUGCUGGAGCACAUGAUGGAAGCAUCGCAAAGCAAGCUGGUGCUGCCCUAUCCCCAGUUAAUCACCAAGAUUCUAAAACAUUUCAAAGUGUCACUUGUUGAUGAAGAAUCUUCAAAAACCAUCCUUGUUUUUGGUGAAUCAAUUGUCAAUCAAAUGCAAUUGAAAAGGGUGAAUGGUAUCUGGAUAAGGCCCCUACCAAAUGCUAAACCAGUUCAGCCUCCUACACAACAAGCUGCUGAGCCAGUCGCAGCCCCUCCCGAGUUCAUAGCAAAGCUGCUCGAGUUUAUGGAAGCUCAGGCGACUCACAACGCAAAGAUGCAAGAGUCAAAUGGAAGAUGCCUUGAAGACACUCCAGGCAUCUCUAAACUCAGUUGUUCAGAAUGUUGA